AUGGACGGACAUUCAGUCAAUGCAGUUUCGCCGCUGCUACAACACAUUCGGAGCAUGUGGGAGUUUGCCAAUCUUUGCCAGUGGAUAUACAUCUUCGGCAAAGCCGCAAAAAUUGAUGAAGGUCUCGAAAUCGAAGAUAUCGAAACUGAAUGCCUUAAACCCUCUUCAACAAUCCUGUCCGGGAUCGCGUUGGCCCUUCUCAAACUCGUGUCUUCACAUCGCGGUCUGACCUACGAGGUCCUCGAUGAACAGCUUCGGAAGGAAUACAUCUCCAAGUUGCCCGAAGAAAACCCGCUGGGCGAUGGUGAAACGAUUGUGCGCAGCUUUCGUGAUCUUGAUACACCGACCAAGAUUGUUGUUCUUCAGCAGCUUACUCAAUGGGUCAUGAGUCAGCCUGAGCGAUUGCGAGGGAAAAUGGAGGAACCCCAUGACAUUGACCAAACUAGCUGGAGAAUAGAGCCCUAUGGGUGGGAUGCUGAAGAUCGUACAUAUUAUGUGUUAGACGACAACCGAGUCUACCGCUUAUCAGAAAUUUCCGAGCAACCGUUGCAGAAGCUGAGGAAACAGAAAACGUAUGGUACGAGUCGGCGAUCUGGUAGACGUCGACGCACAUCCAACACAUCAACGACAAAAGAUUGCGCUCUAAUGGAAUCCAUGCAUACCCAAAGCUCAGAAGUAAAGAGUCGCCUCGGCAGUAUGACUUGGGAGUGUGUGGCUGUAACGCUGGAUGAGGUGCGACAUCUCAUCGACAGUCUUCAAACAACCCGAAAUGCGAACGAGAAGAUACUACGAAAACAGCUUGAUAUACACUUGUUACCAAUACUGGAAAAGCAAGAAGCGUCGAGGAAGAGAAAGGAGGCGCAGCACCAGCGUGAACUAUUGAGCCUUGCCAAGAUGGCAAAUGCAAAGCGUUCCAGCCGGAUUGCUGGAAAAAUCGAACAGCAAAAGGAAGAAGAGAAGGCGAGAGAAGAAUGGGUGAAGGCUCAGAAGGAGCUUGAAAGUCAGCGGCGUGAGCGACAAAUGCAGAUGAAAUUGGAACGAGAGCGAGAUUUCAGGAUGUUUUCUAGAGAAAGGAGACUAAAUGAGAGGGCCGCAAGACGACGUUUACACGAAGAAGAGCUAUCUCAUUUGUCAGAUGGUCACGGCUCUGCUCCGAAUGGACGAACUCGAACAUCAGACCGGCAGCUACAAUCCGAAAUCGAUCGCAAUAAACGGGCGCUUAAGACUUUAGAAGAAGAGGAGGAAGAUUGGACUUUUGAUUGCGUGUGCGGCUUGUACGGGCAGGUAGACGACGGUGCCCACAGUAUUGCUUGUGAAGGAUGCAAUGUUUGGCAACAUAGCAGCUGUGUUGGAAUUGCAGAGUCAGAAGCUGACCGUGUCGAUUUCCAUUUUGUCUGUGGGACCUGCACGCGGCAAAAAGAGGGCGGCGCAGCAAUCCGUAAGCCUGUGAUCAAAUUGAGAGUCAAUACCUCAAACGGAUCGAUGCACCAUGAAGCGGAUAGCAGAACAUUGGGGAAGAGCAACGAUGACGAAUCAGGAAUUGAAUCCGGGAAGAGACUUGAGGCUAUUGCAAGGGGCGAAAAUCCGAAACAAGAAACUGGCGACAUCGACUCAACGCUGAAAUCUGGACAUGGGCCGGGCAAGACUGCGCAUGUUGCCUCCGGGGGCGUACUGCCGCUCGCGACGAAAGAUGUGCUGCAGGCAUCUCCGUCUAUCGACAGUGUGCGCGAUACCUCUAGCACGGUUAUGUCAACCAAUUCCGCCGCCUUGCUAACGCACACGACUCAACCAACGGCACCCCAAGAAGUCUGCACAAAAGGAUCGCCCGUGACGAACUCAACCAAGUCUUCGUCGGAUCAAAUUACUCUUACCCCCGUCAAUUACACGAUAACAGCGGCCCAAGGUAAUCUUCGGCAUGUGGUAAGGCCACUCACACAUUUCGAAUCUGGAUCUCCUUCGAAGUUGCGGGGUGAGGAACAAAAGAAUGGGUUCGCCAGUUCAGCGCUUGUACAGCCAGUUCUAGUGAGCGAGAGUGAACUUCCCGUGCUACGUUCAGAGGUAUCGGAAACGUGCACGGAUAGACUCGGAGACCUCACUCCAAAAUAG